GGUUGCUUCUCCGAAUCUCUCUUCGGCGUCCUCCCUCUCAUUUAUCACUUUCAAUAUUCUCCAUCAAUGUGUUUAUAUAUAGCGAGGGAUCAGAGAUAAGAGUAUAACACCAAAAGAGUCUUAUCAUUUUAUCCAAAAAUGUCAAGCUACUUGGGAAAAUCGAAAAGUGUUUCUCAGUUUCUUAGCUUUGUUUUAACAUGUCAUUUAUUUUUACUAAUUGGAAUGAUUCAUUCUUCCCCACCAGAAAAUCCCAUACAAUGUUCUUCACCGAGUAAUAGUAACUGCACGGUUACGAAUUCUAUGGGUGAAUUUUCAGACAGAACAAUAUGUAGAGUAUCAAAUGCUAUUUACCCAAGGACGGAACAAGAAGUUGUUGAAGCGGUAGCUAUGGCUUCCAAGAACAAUAUCAAGGUGAAAGUUGCAACUAGGUAUUCUCACAGUCUAACCAAGUUGGUUUGCCCCGACGAGAGUCCGGACGGUAACUUAAUCAUAAGCACUAUGUACCUCAACCGUACAUUAAGUAUUGAUAACUCCACGAGGAUCAUGAUAGUUGAACCCGGUGUGUUACUGCGAGAUGUGAUGUCGGAAGCGGCGAAAUUUGGAUUGGCACUUCCGGCUAGUCCUUAUUGGUGGGGAUUAACCAUUGGCGGUAUGAUUUCUACAGGUGCCCAUGGAAGUACUUUGUGGGGUAAUGGAAGUUAUGUUCAUGACUAUGUUAUCGGGCUUCAGAUUGUCACACCGGCUAGCCCUGACGAAGGUUAUGCCAAAGUGAGAGUUCUUGAUAUUAAUCACCCUGACAUUAAAGCGGCCAAGUUAUCACUUGGAGUUCUUGGUGUUAUUUCACAGAUUACUCUCAAACUCCAGCCACUUUUCAAACGUUCCAUAACCGUUGUUAGAGAAAAUGACUCAGAUUUAGCGACUCGGGCAACUACCUUUGGUAAAGAGUAUGAGUUUGCAGACAUAACUUGGUAUCCUUACCAACGUAGAGCACUUUAUCGGCUUGAUGGCAGAGUGUCGUCGAAUAUAUCCGGAAAUGGUCUAAAUGACUUUACAGGUUUUCGUUCUACAUUGACAUUAGGUUUGGCAGUCGUAAGAUCUUCAGAGGAGACUCAAGAAGCAACAGGUGAUGCGAAUGGAAAAUGCAUCAGCGCAAGGGUAACCACAUUUGCAUUAAGGAUUAGCGGAUUCGGGUUCUCGAAUGAUGGUAAUUUGUUUACUGGUUACCCGAUAGUAGGAUUUCAAAAUCGCUUACAAGCCUCGGGAAGCUGUAUAGAUGGCUCUCCGGAUGCUCUAAUCACAUCUUGUCCAUGGGAUCCAAGAAUUAAAGGCCAAUUUUAUCACCAAACUACUGUGAACCUGCCAUUAUCAAAAGUCAAGAACUUCAUCGAGGACGUGCAAACACUACGAGAUUUAGUACCCGAAGCUUUUUGUGGCUUAGAGCUUUCGAGUGGAAUCUGGAUGAGGUACAUAAAAGGAUCAAAUGUUUACUUAGGCACAGACGAAGACUCCAUGGAUUUCGAUUUCACUUAUUAUAGAAGUAAAAACGGUUCAACGCCUAGACUUUUCGAAGACAUAUUGGAAGAAAUAGAACAGAUUGCAGUAUUCAAGUAUGGAGGAAUACCGCAUUGGGGUAAAAAUCGCAACGUUGGGUUUAUUGGCGCAAUCAAUAAGUAUAAGCACGCCGACGAGUUUUUGAAAGUGAAAGAGAGUUAUGAUCCUUCUGGAGUGUUUUCAAGUAAAUGGACUAAUCAAAUCCUUGGUUUAGAUCAAAGUGGUGUGACCAUUGUAAAGGAUGGUUGUGCCCUGGAAGGACUUUGUAUCUGCUCUCAAGAUAUUCACUGUGCACCGCAGAAGGGGUACGUUUGUCGACCGGGUCGGCUUUAUACGAGUGCUAGAGUUUGUACAGAUAUAAACAGAGUUUUUACGGACAUAACUCCAGUACUACUUGAAGAGGAGGACCUUGGAUUUUCAGACAUGUAAAUUAAAGAUUUUUGAAUUGUGUAUGUAAUUAAUAUCUUUGAAUUGCUACCAUUUCGUGUAUUCUUUCAGUUUUUAAUCAAAUUGUACUUGUUUGACUUAUGAAAAAAGAAAAACUAAUGUUUGUUGAAAAGAAUGAAGA